CCAGCGCCGGCACCGGCCAGGAAGAUGCCAACACCCCUCCGGCACUGCCUGCCCUGCGGUCACCCUCGCCCGGGCGCGGCGGCCAGCGGACCUGAGCGAUGGAUUCCUUCUGCUUCGUCUGCUUCCAGAAAGAGGAGCUGCAGCCCCUGCACCUGCACAGCGCAGCCAUGAGCGCGGGCUCGAUUGAGCAGGAGCCGUCGCGCAAGCUGGGCUGCUGCGGGGUGCCCCUGAUCACCGAGGACAUGCAGUCCCUGGCCAUCCGCACGCUCUCGGGCACCGACAUCACCAAGCACUACGACCUCAUCCGCGAGCUCGGCAAGGGCACCUACGGCAAGGUGGACCUGGUGUCCCACAAAAGCACAGGCACCAAGAUGGCCCUGAAGUUCGUCAACAAGAGCAAGACGAAGCUGAAGAACUUCCUGCGGGAGUUCAGCAUCACCAACACGCUCUCCUCCAGCCCCUUCAUCAUCAAGGUCUUCGACGUGGUCUUUGAGACCGAGGACUGCUACGUCUUUGCUCAGGAGUACGCCCCUGGUGGGGACCUCUUCGACAUCAUCCCGCCUCAGGUGGGGCUCCCCGAGGAGCUGGUGAAGCGCUGCGUGCAGCAGCUGGGCCUGGCCCUGGACUACAUGCACAGCAAGAGCCUGGUGCACCGGGACAUCAAACCCGAGAACGUGCUGCUCUUCGACCGCGACUGCCGCCGCGUCAAGCUGGCGGAUUUCGGCAUGACCCGCAAGGUGGGCUGCCGGGUCAAGCGCAUCAGCGGCACCAUCCCCUACACGGCGCCCGAGGUGUGCCAGGCCGGCCGCGCCGAGGGCUUCGCCGUGGACACCAGCAUCGACGUCUGGGCUUUCGGGGUGCUCAUCUUCUGCGUCCUCACCGGCAACUUCCCCUGGGAGGCGGCGGUGGCGUCCGACGCCUUCUUCGAGGAGUUUGUGCGGUGGCAGAAGGGGCGGCUGGCGGGGCUGCCCUCGCAGUGGCGGCGCUUCACGGACAGCGCCCUGCGGAUGUUCCAGCGCCUGCUGGCCCUGGACCCCGAGAAGCGCUGCCCCGUCAAGGAGGUUUUCUACUUCAUCAAGUGCGACCUCAUGGCCGAGGUGCGCUGCCGGCCCUCGUACCGCUCCCGCAAGCACGCCAGGGACAAGCUGCCGGCCGGGCCGCACUGCCACGAGCCCGGCGCCUCCUGCACCCCCGCCCCGCUCAAGAGGACCGUCCUGACCGAGGCGAGCGCGGCGCGCGGCCCCGAGCCCGGG